CAAUUUCCCACGCGCCAUGUCGUCUACGCUUCUGACCUCGCUUGCCGUCCUCGUCACGGUCGUCGCCGGCACGGACAUUGCGGCCUGCGGCGAGACACCGACGCCCGCCCCGACGCUUGCCCCGACGCUUGCCCCGACGCUUGCCCCGACGCUUGCCCCGACGCUUGCCCCGACGCUCGCCCCGACGCCCACACCGACGGCGGGUCCCUGCGAGCUGGCGAACGGCACCGCGAUCACGAUGGCCUGGGGUAACAACUACGUCUCGCGUUGCGACGGCUGCAUUCGCAACAGCAAGUACCCCGGCGCCGUCGUCUUUGACACGACGACGCCCAACCCCAAGUCCGUUUGGACCGUGGUGCACACGGACGUCGCCGGUGACUUUGCCUUCAAGUCUGAGAACGGCAUGUACCUCGCGCGCUGCUUCAACUGCCACAAGAACGACGGCCUCGACUCGGCCUUCGCCUACAUCUCGGACUGGUCGAGCACGAAGGAUGCGCAGUGGACGUGCAUGGACGCUGGCAACGGUCGCGUGGCGCUGCGCAACAGUGCCAGCUCCAAGUUCAUCGGCGUGUGCAACAACUGCGCCUCGACGAAUCCCUAUUUCCCGUAUACGGCGUUCGUCAAGGAGCCCGUGGGCGACUGGUCCGCGCAGUACACCAUCACCAAGGUGCCCAAGUGAGCGCUUUAUGCUUUCGUAACAUCGUAACAUCCGAUCGUAUUUCAUGGCA